AUGUUUUGUAACAUUUUAUUCAUAAAGGUUCGGAAUGACCCGCUACAGUUGAGGAAGCCCAAACUUCAACGAGACGAAGUGUUGUCGUCGAAGGUUUACUAUGCGCCAGAGUGGGAUCUGGACAAAAAACCGAGUAAGGACGCGGACUACCCCAAUCCUUUGAAGAAUUAUGGGGUAACGCCUGAGAAAUGGGAAUAUUAUAAUAAAGUUGUUUGGCCACCUCAUUAUGUUGUACCGGAAAUAGGAUUACCAAAGUCUAGGGAAGUGUUUCACUGCAGGGAAUCACGAAUGUGGCAAGCGUGUCAGCUAGUUUGGCAAACAAAUGUUGACGAGGCUAUAACUCAGCUGAAUUUCCAGCAGCUGAAGAGUUGCAAAAUUCUUGCUGAAGUUUUGACGGAAGCGAAAGAUCGAGCAGCUAAUGAAUUCCAUAUCGAAUUUCCGUCCGACAUGUUUGUUGCAGAAGCGUUCCCAGUUCAAUGUCAAAUAAUCAAAGGAGCUCGACGUCACGCCCAUGAGAAUUGGUGUACCAUCCGUUAUCGAUACAUCAACAUUUUUGUGCGUUUGCAAGAGGGAACACCACCAGGAUUUAAACAGCGAGAGAAGCUCAAAAAUGGAUGGGAGCACAUGGAUGCCUAUUAUAAAUACCUCAGAUCUCGAACAAAGAAGUAUAGCAUAUGA